CAAAACCUAUAAUCAAAGGACCCAAUGUACCUGCUGCUUUAACAUUUUUUUAGCUUCUUCAGGAUUCAGCUGAGGCAUGGUUUGCCUCGUAAAGAAGAAUCCCUGACUAGAACAGAGAGGCCAAAUGAAGGAGAGAGCACAGUUCUUGUGCCUUGGAUAAUCCUUGUGAGGUACUGUAGAAGGAAAUAAUGUCCAGCAGCAGCUUCUGUUCUACUCAGCUAUGAAAGGUGUUGCAGGAUGUUGUGCCAAAACAACAAUUGCACCAUUGGAUCGGGUAAAGAUUUUAUUGCAAGCUCAUAACCAUCAUUAUAAACAUCUAGGUGUAAUUUCUACAUUAUGUGCUGUACCAAAAAAGGAGGGUUACCUAGGAUUGUAUAAAGGAAAUGGAGCAAUGAUGAUUAGAAUCUUUCCAUACGGUGCAAUUCAGUUUACAUCGUUUGGCCAAUAUAAAAAGAUUAUUAAACAGAAGCUUGGCAUUUCUGGGCAUAUUCAUCGGUUGAUGGCUGGAUCUAUGGCAGGUAUAACUGCAGUAAUUUGUACAUACCCUCUUGACAUGGUGAGAGCACGUUUGGCAUUCCAAGUAAAAGGGGAAGACAAGUACACUGGAAUUAUUCAUGCAUUCAAGACCAUUUACACAAAGGAAGGUGGCAUGCAAGGAUUUUAUCGAGGGCUAACACCAACAGUAGUAGGAAUGGCUCCAUAUGCAGGUUUCUCAUUUUUUACCUUUGGUACCUUAAAGAGUGUGGGACUUGCCCAAGCGCCUGCCCUGCUUGGGAGGCCUUGCUUAGAUAAUCCCGAUGUCUUAGUUUUGAAAACUCAUGUAAAUUUGCUGUGUGGUGGCAUAGCUGGAGCAAUAGCACAGACAAUAUCAUAUCCUCUUGAUGUAACACGAAGACGAAUGCAGUUAGGAGCAAUACUUCCAGAUUCUGAGAAGUGCCUUACAAUGAUACAGACACUGAAGUAUGUUUAUGGAAACCAUGGAAUACGAAGAGGAUUAUAUAGAGGAUUAUCUCUGAAUUACAUUCGGUGUGUUCCUUCACAGGCUGUUGCCUUCACCACUUAUGAACUUAUGAAACAGUUUUUGCACCUCAAUUAAAGACUCUAAAAAUGUAAUUGAAAAAUACUUCAUUUGUUUUCAUAUUGUAUUUAACAGUAAUUUUCAAUUUCAUAUUAUUACUGAGGAAUUAUUAGUAUGUAUAGCAUUUUCUUUAGUAAAAAUAUGAUGUGUAAAUUGGAUAUUGCUCAGUAAGGUUGGAUAAAUUAGUUGUUAUGCAUACAAUGUCUAAAGAGCUUUGAUGGAACUAUAAAUUGAGUAAACUUGUUACAGCUGGUUGCAAGAAGGAAAAUAUUUUAUAGUUGUUGCAAACUUGCAUUUUUGUAUCCUAUUUUUAAGUAUUUCCUUGUUUUUUUAAAAAAUGGAUUUAAGUAUAUGCUUUUCAAAAAGUUGCUUAAAUACCAUAACUAAAAUGUAAUAGAGUUUAUUUGCAGAUGCACAUGGCAAAUCUUUCCACUGGGCUUCAUUAUUACACAAAAUGAGUUUAGGGUGAAAGUAUCAUUCUCUCCUGCACAAACUACUUACUUCAGAGUCCAUUUCUGAAAUACCAUUUUUAGGUUAAUGUUUAAUUUUUAUUUUCAUUUUCUAAUAAGUAGAAUGUAGAGUGUAAUGCUUUAUUUUUGAUACAGACUUCCUUGGCUGGGAUACAAAAUGGUGCAUGCUCAAUGGAAUACUUGACUUCCCCCUCCUUUGAAUAACUGAUUCUUCAUACCUAAUUGGUUUUGAAAUUCCCUUAUGUCUUGGAAUAGUUGUAGUGCAGGAGAGCCUAUGUUAGGUUUUUUGAUAAUGAGAGAGAAAUUUGGUCCUUUUGCGUAACCUACUCUAGCUCCUUUUAGCUCCAUAGGAUGGAGGAGGAGAAAAUGCAUGGUAGCCAUAUGGAGUUAAUUAAAACAAACAAACCAUACAUUAUAGAUCCCUUACAUCAGUGGCGUCCUUAGGUGACACCUGGUUGGGCCUUCCUCCUGCUUCGGGAUGAACGUGCCCUUCCUGACUGCCAUGGCAGAGGAGAAGAGGCAAGCUUGCCCUUUUAGCCACUGCUGCCUUCUCCCUCCCUACCCAGCUGAUACCAGGUAUGGAGAGGGCACUGUCUUACAUCGUUUCCCGUUUGUCCCUACAUUUAAAAAACAUUGCCAUGAAGCAUGGAGAACUGCUUUUCAGGUUAAGUGAAAAGCCUCCUUGCGACUCAGAGAGGUAAUAUCAUUACGCUUGGACACUGGACACUGUGCAAUCCUAUAUAUGCUUUCAGAGGUAAAACUCCCUGAGCAUAGAUUAUAGCCUAAAGUAACUAACCCACUGUAUUUUUGUGUGAUUAAUGCAUUAGGAAAGUAUUUUGAAAAACAAUGAUCCUUAAGUUGUGGUUUGGGUUUUCUUGUAAGUGUCAGUUGAAUUUCUAAAGUGAUAGAAAGCACGAACAAACAAAUAACCAGUAUUGGUCCAAUGUCAGAAGAUAUUAUACCUUCUUAUACUGUGUGCAUGCAUCAUACUACUGAAAGCUGAGGUAAUUCUACAAUGUAUAGUAUCAAUACAUACAAACAUAUACAUGUGUUAGUAAACUGGGUUGUGUCUUUGCCUGAAUUUCAUUUUGGUUAGGUAGAGAUUACAUCUAAUACAAAACUGCAUGUGGACCAGGAUGCAUACUCUUCUGCGAGGAGAAAGAAAAGCUUUUUCUUUUAAAAGGAAAGGACAAUGCCAAAGCACCAGUAUUUUGAAGCAGCUUUAAAUGCAGGGAUCACUAUUAUCCUCUUAUUUGCAGCCUUAACUGUUUUCAAUAGCUGUGUUUCCUAUGCAGCCCUCACAGAACACAGCUUCAUAAUUUUUGUAUGCCUUCUGCUGCAACUUUUCUAGUACCUGUAGUUGGAUACAAAUGGACUGAGAGGCGAUAUGAUCACACUCUUUAAAUACCUCAGUGGCUGCCACAAAGAAGAGGUGCUUGCUUUAUGUUGCCUCAGAGAACAGAACUAGGUCUAAUGGUUUGAAUCUUCCACAGGAUAGUAGAUUUUGAUUGAACUUUAGAAGGAACUUCUUGACUGUGAGAGUGGUUCAGCAAUGGAACCAAUUGCUUAGAGAGGUGGCGAGGUCUCUUCUCUGGAUGUCUUCAAAAAGAGGCUGGACAGUUACCUGCUGAGAAUGCUCUUGGUGGAGAUCCUGCAUUGAGUAUUGGACCUGAUAGUCCAUAGGACCCCUUCCAACUCUACGAUCCUUCUAUCUCUCUUUUUAAAAAUAAAAAUAAAGCUAUCCCAGCUGUGUGAGCUUCACCUCUUCAGCCAGAUUCUGUCUGUAUUACAUGAUGAUAUUCCAAUUACAGUGUUGAUGACAACAUGGGUGCCUCCCCACCUGAUCUGUCCUUUGAGAAACUUAUCCUACCCAUGUUGUUUGAAAUGAUACCCUUGCACACUUUGGCUAGCUUAGCAUUGAUGGGCCUAGAUAGAACAAAACCUCUUUCAUCCCUCGAGUGUACCUUCCUGUUGUAUGUAGCAAGUUGUUCAUUUCAUAGAGUCUACACUGGUAAAUUUCUGAUUUUACUGAACUUGGGUUGUAAAAAUACUUCUCAUAAUCUUACAGUAAAGUGAUGUAAUUUAUUAAUUGUAAAUAUUGUAUAUAGAUGAAAAAACUGGUAACAGUUAUGCUACCCAAAGUAGCUGCUGUAAAAUGGCAAUUGCUUCUGAUCUGCUGUUGGGGCAUAGAAUCUCAACCCUGUGGUCUGACUUUUUAUUUUAUUAAAAUAAAAUGUACGUGUCUUUAUGAUCUGAGAUAAUUACUGGCAGAGAGAUGUAUGUACCUGUUUUAUUUUUUAAAUAUGUUAAAUAAUGUUGUGACGAAGCUUAUCAGCCACUAGAACUGCAUGUUUGGAAUUCACUUUCCUUUCAUUAUUGGUUUUAAGGUUGUUGAUGAAAUGAUAAUAAAAUGACUGCAAUUCUA